AAUGAUGUCCACAAACUCCCAAUUGAAAAUUUGAAAGGAUAAUAGAUGGUAUAGCUUAGCUUAGCAGUGAGAGAGCACUCUUGUGUUGUGUUUGAUAGAGGUUGGGGGAGCAAAUGAAAAUGUCUACAUUGAGCUCCCAAUUCCACCUCCCAACCAAAUAUCUUGCAACUUCAACUUCAACUUCAAAUCCUUCAUUUCUCAUCCCCACUACUUCACAACAAAAACACCAUGCAUAUCCAACAAUAUUAUCAUCUCUACCUUCUGAAGCUACAAGUGUCCUUCCACCAACAGUAGCAUAUGCUAGAAAAUCCAAGUCCUUAGUUAUACAACAUGAACAAGUCAGUGGGAACUCGUCGUCGUCGAGGUCAAGGAAUUUGAUAAUGGGAGUUGUUUCUGUUGGAGUUGUGGUGUUUCUGAUGGGGAUGGACGGGCAGAAAGCUAUGGCUUUGGGUCCUGAAGGGCCGCUGAUGGAAGAGUUUUGGGACAAUGUUAGGAGAUAUGGACUUUAUGCUCUCACAGUGAGCACAGGUGCUCUGUACGCUACCUUCCAGCCCAUAUACGAAUUGUUGAAGAACCCCAUCUCUGCAAUUCUGGUGUUGGUAAUAUUAGCCGGCGGUAUCUUCAUCCUUUCCCAAGUGGUUACAGCCAUGGUUGGUGUCUCUGAUUUUACUUAUGAUUACGGAUAUUGAAAUGAUAUAUUUGAAUGUGGAUUCAUUCCCUAUAUCUAUUAUGUAAGUAAAGUGACUUUUUGAUGCAUGUCGACUAGGAAGUUCAUUUCCUAUUACAGUUUCU